CAAGCUCUCUCGGAAAAGUUAUGUCGUAGCACAUGCUAAACGCUGCUAGCGGAAGAUAAACAGAAAUCUUGUUCAACAUGGCAGAGACCCACAGUUUGCAGGACAUGAGACAACAGGCAGCCGUCGCUGCUAAAGUCUUCAUUCAGAGAGAUUACACCAAUGGCACGGUGUGUCAGUUCCAAACCAAGUUCCCCUCGGAGCUGGAGACCCGGAUUGACAAACAGCAGUUUGAGGAGACGGUGCGGACACUGAAUAAUUUGUACGCAGAAGCAGAGAAGCUGGGAAGCCAGUCGUACAUUGAAGGCUGUCUGGCCUGUCUCACAGCAUACACCAUCUUCCUGUGUAUGGAGACUCACUAUGAGAAGGUUUUGAAGAAGAUUGCAAAGUACAUUCAGGAGCAGAAUGACAAGAUCUACGCACCACGAGGCCUCCUGCUCACAGAUCCCAUCGAGAGAGGCCUGAGAGUCAUUGAGAUUACCAUCUUUGAAGACAGAAGCCUGACAAGAUAAAAGCCGCCACGUUUCCAAGCAGAGCGAAAAGAUCUGCAGCAGCCCAGCACCAGUGCCCACCUUCCUGAAGAUCCCCAGACCUGCACCCUUAAAACUGCGUCUCUACAAUCUCUUUCCAAUAACUAUCAUAUGCAUGUCCCAUUUAGAGUAUCCUUUGUGACAAAAUUCAUUUAUUCAACUAAUUUUUUUUUUUUUUUUCAUUAUUAUUAGUUUUAUCCCUUUCCCCAUCAUUAACUGAGGGUUGAAGUCUGUUAUAUGCUCAAUUUGUUCGGAGGAACUAACUCAACUCUCAUUCACUGACAUUCUUCAAACCAUGAGUAGUUAUACUUUAUUUUGGACUAAAAACAACUUUGUGACUAAUUGUAUUUGUGAACUUUUGUACAUUUUUUUUGGACACUCCUUUUUUUGAAUAAUGAAGCCAACAGACAGGGUAACUUAUUUUCUAUGAAGGACUAUUGAACUCAUCCGCACCCAUGCUUUAAGUAAUUGUCUUGGCUAAACUGAGGAUAUCAUUUAAUCAAGAGGCAGAGAACUCUGAUAAUUGGUGUGAUUUGCUGCAUGUGCCACACCUCACAGUUUGUUUGCUUUGGUCUUAUUCAUGUAUCCUUGCAAGGGUGGUAGUUUUAUUAUCUUUUGCAUGUUUCCUUUGUAGCGUUUGAUCUAAUAUUUAACUGACAGCACUGAACUUAGUCGGGAUCCAAACAUUCCAGUCAAACCUUCCCAGAUUCUGACUUCAAUGUGCAUCUAUGAUUUAAGAAAAGAAAAGCCAAAACUUGUGCUCACUCUGUAGUUAGCCCAUAGUGUUGUUGAUGCUACUUCUCAAGUUUUGUUUUUCGUAAACUGUGCUCAGCAUAGUGAUCGGUGACUACUGUUGAUUUUUGACUCAUGUCAAAUAAGCAUAUAUUCAUAUAUUGUGAGAUUGUCUUCGACGGAAGUAUUCAAAGUGCUCUUGUUCGUUGAUAGUGCCUGUACUGGUUUUAAAUGUUGCUUUUGUUAAAGUCUAAAGGUCUGGUCACACUAGGAUUUAAUACGCAGAAACUUUGCAGGGAUUUCAUGAGCAAAUCCAACAGCAGCGAUGCUGAUGGAUUUGCUCAUGUGGGAAAGUAAAUCAGUGCUAUUGUUUUGUGUCUCGUUCAGCUUUGAUGACCCUCAAAUUUGCAUUUUCAACCAAUAGUGGCCAUCCUAACAGUCGCAACCUUUGAGGGGACAGAGUGUCAGAGACAAGCAAAUUACCUGUGUUAUACCAUCAACUUUUAUUUAAUCUGCUCUGUUACAGUAUAAUUUGUUACACAAAAGAGGAAUGACAUGCAGACAGGUAUGAGACAGCCGCUUUUACACUCCCUGUUCAAGGCAGGAAUAUCAUGCCUUUAAUGCUGCAUUGCUGUUCUGUAUUAAAGGAAUGAGAGCGAAAUAGGGGGGACAAUGCCUUUGCUUUGAGUUGGCAAAAGAAGUAGUAUCUUAUGGUCCAUGUUUGGGGGACAGCCAGCAGGAGGAGAUAAUGGUCAUGAUGGGUGUGAAGUUUUGACGGCGUGUUGUGUGUGUGGCCCACUGGCAUAGAUUUUUAAAGAUGCUAGUAGUAGUUAGCUGCAGCUAAAUCAAAGAAGAAGAAGAUUCUAAAUUCAUAAAAACGUAAUUGUUUAUCACAAAGCGACAGAAUAUUGCCUUCAGUAGGGGGCUCCAACAACAUGAAAAAGCAUUCACACCCAUGACACUCAACAACGGCCGUAAAUAUCCGCAAAUUGGAAAAACAAUAUGGUGAGGGAGCUCCUUACCUUCUGAUCAGAGGUGGAGAUAGGCCACCAUUUAACAGGGAUGGUAAAAGAUUGUUUUUGCCAUGUCAUGCCAUCUUUAUUGUUCAUAAAUGGAGCGGACACACGUUAUGUGGUAAACCAGUGGCUGGCGCUGUUGUGUUAUGUAUCACACCUCUUUUGUUUCCACAAUGCCGGCACGCUGUCUUAAGUCACACACAGGAGCAGCAUGAUGCUACCCUUGUUUCUGUGUAAAAAUACAUAUAGGAAGGACUUUUUGGUGGCCCUACAGUGUGGUCUCUGUGUAAAAAGGGCUAAUAGUAUAAGUAUGUCCAAAUCAAUUAUUAAUAUUAUUAUCCCAGUAGCAGUUGAGCUAAACCAAGAAGGAUAAUAAAGCUCUUGAACUAACAAGGUUGCCAGCAGUUAGUUAAAUCAGAUCAGCUUUAUUGUCUCAUUUCAAUAAUUUUCUGUUGAUCAAACUUUGUGUAAACUGGUGAUCAAAACACCAGGAUGGAGUAAACAGAACAGAAGUGAGAAAAUCUCCAGCCGGCUGGGCCAACAUCAGAUUUAACGGUUAGCUUACCCACGACAGCAGUUGUCCAGCUAUCACUGAAAUUAGAGCCCGAUGUCUCCAAGCUCCAACAACUAAAUCAUUCACAAAGUUAGCAGAUUAAUUUCACCACUUUCUGGUGUGACCAGACCUAAUAUGUGAAAUGAUGUCAGUUAGAUCUUGGCUUUGUUCAUUUAUUGCUCACAGGCAUCUAAAACCUAAGAUUAUCAUGUAAUGUUAUAGAAACCUUAACAAAGGUUUAAAUACUGUAGUAUGUAUGGCUGGUAAUGCUAAAUUAUGACAUACAGAUUACGACAUAUACACAUAAUGCCAUUCUGAAUGCCAUAGCUAAAAGAUCAACAAUCAUCUUGAUAUCUAAAUAUGUAAAUACAGUUUCAUGAAUAAUUUUUGAUUUUGCUCGUACUUUAUUUAUCUGGAGUUCGGUUAACAGAACUUUUCUAUGUUCUUUUUUUUCAGUUCAAAUCCAAUGUUUUAUUAAUCUAAAACUUGUAUGCUAACUAAUAAAAAGUGUACAUAUUUUA